AGGUUUGAAAGAUAAAUGUGACAGAAAGACAUCUGUCAUAUAAUUAGAGAUAUAUUAAUUCAUAAAAUAAGAAAACUUGCAAAAGAUACGAAAAUGAAAUAAGAAAGGAAUUAUUAACAAUCAUCGAAUUUUAUUCUAAUAAUUCGGAGGAUUAAUUUUCUGAAAUAUACUAUAAGAAUCGAAAAGAAGGUUUGACUGUAUGUGUGUGUAAACGGCACAAAAGAAAUAUAUCAGUCUCCAAUGAGAUUUACGAAUAAUUUCAUCCCCUAUAAUCGAAGAUCUCAGUUUCUACUUUUUAUUUUCUUAAUAUUAUAGAAACCGUUAAAAAAACAAAUUUAAUGACAACAAAUUAUAAAUAAAGUACCGUAUUACGAGUUAUCGUAUUGUAGAUUACGUGACACAAGAAGAUUUCUGAGAGAAAACGAAAUGUCUCGUUGACAAUUUGACCAAUUUCACCACCAUCUUCCAGCUGAACAAUUUCACGAGUCAGACUCAGUGGACAAUCAUCGGACUUGAGUCACAGUUAAAUUAAUGAUGCGAUAAUAUCGAUUACAAUACAGUCUCCGGUAACUACCGCGCGACGCACCAAGAAUCCCCAAGAAGACGCCGCGGAAUCGUCCAUCCGCUCGCACCCUCACCACAUCUUCACGCCUAUUUGCCUCUUCUUCCGACUUCCACGGUCACGUGGCGAGCAUCUGUGCAUCUCUGUCUCACGUCGGUGCCUCAAACGACUUCUGAUUGGUCGAGGGGGAAAUUCACCGUCUAGGGUGGCAUCACCAUCCCCGUCGCAUCCGAGGGAAAUGCCUCGCUCUGUCUCAUUCUCGCCGAAGGAUCUGGUGGGUGUAGCUCUCGGACACGCCCGAUCCACGAUGGGCGUAGUCAGAACCAGCUGCAACGAUUCCAUCUAGUGGGGAAGCUUUUUCGGUGGACACGCGGUCAUCCGCAACGUCACUUUGCGACGCGACACCGAGCCGCCUGCUCGUGUCGUCGGCCUCGUGUAGAGAUCGUGAUAUAAUCGUGGGAUCGAUCGAGAGGCGGUUAUCGAUCAUCGAGUGCGGAUGACCGAUCUAUGAAUCGGUUACCGAUUGCUCCAAUGACAUUCACGUGACAAUUUACGAAACUGUGCAAAGCGUCAUUGAAAUACACACAGAUACAUCAUCUACAGUAAAUAUCGUCAAUAAUCGAUCAGUUUAAGAAAUGAUCGGAUGAAGACUUUAUCGUAACUAGAGCUAGUUUGCAUCAGUGUUUGUUUUAAGAAUCAUUCUGAUAUGUCUUCAUUGUUCAAUCGUCAUUGAUCUUUUAAGCAGUUUGAUCUAUGACUCGUUCGAAUCAGUGUCGGUAGAAAACAUCAUUAUAUCAAUUACAAGUGGACACCAAAGCAUCUAGUUCCGAUUAGUGUUGAUAUUAAAAAGACAAUCUCACCAGGAAGUAUGUGUUAGAGAUCUACAGUGAUCGCAGGAUAUGGCAGCUAUGCAUUACAACGCGCAGAUGGUCUCAGAAGAUUUGCAUCCUCGACAUCUUUACAAUUUACAACAGAGACUCCAAGAUUCCGGAUCUUCGCCUAGAUCGGAGGACGCCAGAUCGCCGCUGAACAGUCGAGUGAGAUCGCUCGAGGAAGUGCGUUUCGUGGGUGCUAGAUCACCGGACGUGACGGAAGAUAGAGUAAUCAGGUAUCACGAUGACGCUGGAAACAAACGUUUCUUUCAAGACUCGGAGAACCCUUCUAGAAAAUGUUUUAGCGACGAAAUAGCGACAAAUCGUUGCCGCGAGUCGGAAACCUCCCCCGGAAGAACGUCCUCGCCGCAAAACUACAUUCUCAGCUCGCCUAAUCAGCAUAGCAGCUCCAUUGGCAAAACGUCCUUCUGCAUCGACGCGCUUCUCGGUCGCGCCACGAAGCAAAAUGAAAUAGAGCAGUCAUCGGCUGAUCGACAGAAAGCGUUCUCCAGAAGCCACGGGAUCCAAUCCGAUAGUCUAAAUCUUAGCGGUAUUCAAGAACGGGAAUCCCCCGGCGCCAUAAGAUGUCCUGGAGAUCAAAGAACAACCUUGGGAAAUCCCUUAAAUCCUUUCAUUCAGCAUCAUGAGUCCGAAUCGCCCAGUCUGGAGGCUCGAGAGAGACAUUCCGCCAGUCGCGAGACCGUUCUCGGUCUCCAUACCGGCGAAUCCGGCGUAUCUGUCCAAAGAGGCCAGUUCAGGCCCGAAACGGGGACCAGCAACUACCGGAACGACCGGCUGGAGAACGUCGAGGACGACACGUCCGUCGACGUGGAUCCGACGCGGACCGGAAGCGCCAGUCCCGGAAGCAACGCGAGUCACAGUGCCGCUUCCAGUCCUCCUAUAUCUCCCGGCUCGGAAGAUCCGUCCAGUAACGGCAUCCUGGGCCAUCAGAGUCUCGCGUCUGGGCCUUACGGCGUGAGCGCGGCGAUGGUCAGGCAGAAUCAGGGCCUUCUACUGCAUCCCGCGGGACCACUUAUCCAUCCAGGAGGAUUGUACUAUCAUCCGGCCAGCGGCAGUGCUUUCCACUCGAUACACAAGGAGGGUCAGCCAGUCAGCCAUCCCCAAUCCGGAGGGCCUCAUCCUCAGCAGCAUCACAUUCAUCCACUCCAGCUCGAGUGGUUCGCCCGGACCGGCAUGUUAUAUCCCAGAUUACCCGCGGAUUUAGCCGGUUGCGCGGCACAACAUGCAUUGCUGGGCAAGACCAGGAGGCCGAGGACGGCUUUCACGUCCCAGCAGCUUCUCGAAUUGGAAAAGCAGUUCCGACAGAAUAAAUACCUCAGUAGACCGAAGAGGUUCGAGGUCGCGACGUCGCUGAUGCUCACGGAAACGCAGGUGAAAAUCUGGUUUCAAAAUCGCCGGAUGAAAUGGAAGCGCAGCAAAAAGGCGCAACAGGAGGCUCGCACGAGCGGUAAAGUCGAAGAGACCGGAAGCGCGAGAAGCGCUGAGCGAGAUACCGGAAGUGACAUUAGCGUGAAUGCACCUGAGACACCGGAGGAAUCCAGAGGAACGCUUCAGGAAAGUCAGAGAACAGGAACAGAUCUUCAAGAACCUUUGUAUCGGCCUUACGUGGUUUAAAGACCCAACAGAGGCACGUUUAAUUUUUGGGGAAGACCAACAUUUUUCAAAAUAAACUGCAAGCAUUUUUACCGCUACAAUUUUCUGUUUUAUGUGUAAUAAUAUUUUAUAAUAUAGGUAAAUUAUAAUAUUUAUUUCUGUUAAUUAUCGUGCUUAAUUUAAGAAAUAAAAAUAAAUAAAGAAGCAAAGAAGACAGGAAAAAGGACUACUUCUCACGAAAAAUUAAAAAGAAAAUAGAUUGUUGGCCUUCCAACGAUUAAAAAGAUACGAAUAUCAUCAAGCUUCAGAAAAAUGAUUAUUUCUAAAGAUUCGAAUCUGAAGAUUCUCUUAGAACUAAGUUCUGCUUAUUAAUUCGACCGCACAAUUGUUCUUAUAUAGAUACUUUCCUAAUAAAAAUCAAGAACGUUCCACUUCGUUAUCGAUCGCGAUAAUAAUUUUGAUAAUCAAUUAUGCAGCAUAGUAUCGCCAUGACUUACAAAAGAGAUUGAAACCAACAUAAUUUUGAUUAUUUGUCAGUCAAAUGCAAUUGACAUAAAUUGUCACGUUUUUAUUGUCACAAAUAAACAUAAGAAUUAUUUUUUUGUGAUCGAUAUUAUCGAAAUUACUCGGGUUUUGAUAAAUAUUUUGAUUUCUGCUUAAUAUAUAUAUUAAUCAUAAUUUUUUACCAAAAAACGAUUGAUCUCUCUCGUGUAUAUAUAUCUCAUCUCUAUAAUUUCUUGCACCAAAAUUCUAAUGUAAAUAAUAUCGAAUGAGAUAGUAUUCACAUACACACGAUCCUUAACGAAACCUCGCUUGUUAAUCACGGUUAUUAGACACACGAGCGUCAUUGCUGAUUCUCGAGAAGCUCAAAGCAAUGAGAUAUCGGUGGUAUAAUCGGAUUAAUCUUUUACAGUCCGCCCCAGAAAAGGUGGAUAGAUAAUUGCAUUUUGAGAAAGUGUAACGAUUAAAAGAUUCAUACGUUGUGACUGUGUGAUUGAAUGGUACACGCGUGACAGCGAAACUUCGCUUCGGAAUCUAUGAAAUCCUCGAGACGGAUGCCAUUUAAUCUAAAUCCGUCGUGUACAUAGACAUUCUAGGGACUAUUUAUUCUGUGUUUGCUCGGCUUGUAAGAUAGAGACGGCAGAUAAACGCUGAAACCGCGACGUUGUUAAUAUAAACGAUGUAAAGAGGAGACACACAGGAUGGUAGGAUCUCUAUCCUGUCCAGGGUUAUAAGUGUUAUUCGUGUAUUGUCCUGUAUGAAUGUACGAGCGAGAAGCAUGUAUUUAUAGCAUACAAUGUGAGUGUAAAUAUUAUCCGCAUAGAUUCUAAGUUAGCGAUGCAGAUACACGGUAUGAUUAUCGCGAGAAGUUCCUAAAUAAAUUAUGAAAUCGAGUAAAAACUUUCGCUGCGUCCUUCUUUUCCCCUCGAAUAAUCUUCUCCUGAUAAGAGAGAACGUUUUCCCUGUUUAGACUUGAUGCU